AUGUGCGAAAAUCACCCUGCUAUUCGCCAUGCUUCGAUCGCUAUGAGUGCGUGGCAUACCCAUAUGGAACCCUUUCCAUUUAAAGAAGACCGGGGGCCCAGUCUGGUUCUUCAGCACGCUACGAAAGCCAUUUCUUGUCUUCGAGAAAGUCUCGCUCGGGAAGAUCCUUACAACGCAAACAGCACCCACCAGCAAGUAGUGUUAGUCACAUGUUUGACUUUUACUCUCCUUGCUUUAUUCCAGGGAGAUCUCUAUUCUGCUCGUCAUCACCUUACAUCCGGUUAUAAACUUUUCAAACGUUGGGAUGAUCAGCAAGAUAACGAUGCUACUCGUUUAGCCAUGAGACAGGCUUUUUCUCAGAUGCACGUUUACUGGUCCUUUUGCUCUUAUGCCGCGUUAUUUGUUGAGGAUUCCGAGCAGCUCAAUAGCGGAUAUCGGUCAUUUCCAAAGAGCACAGCCGCCCUAUCAAAGAUUACCCCACCUCUCUAUUCGGGUAUUAGUCAGAUGGACCUUAUCCAAAAAUUCUCAACUGCCGUCUCGGGAUUGAUACUGGACUACACUACCUACGGGUUUGAUAUUGGACCAGCAAACGCUAUCGGCCGUAGCGCGGCACUAAUUUUAACUAAGCUUCGGCUCUGUAAAAGUCAUCUUCUAGCCGUCCUCGUCGAAUUGAAUAGCCUUACGCCAGAGGACUGCGAUUCACUCAAGGUCUUCUCAUUAUUGAUCGAUGUCAUUGAAAUUAAGCUGGCUAUCGCUAGAAGCCAACGACCAGAUGAGAUGGUUUACGAUGAUCACCUGGAUCGGUUUCAGAAUAUCACCAAAACUGCACGAACCCUAGCAGACUCGGCCACAGGUUUUAGUGAUAUCGCGAUUUCGCCGUUUAGCUACAGGUACUCUGUUUUGCCUACACUCUUAUGGUCUGCGGCCAAAUGUCGCGAUUGGCAGGUCCGUCGUGAUAUCUUCUAUCUAAUGGACAAACUACCAGAAGAUGACUACUGGGCAUCUGCGACAAUUGUGGCCUUAAAGAGGCUGAUUGAUAUAGAGUCAACUGGAGUAAAGCCAGAAAAUAUUAUUCCUGAAUCCGCUCGAGCCCACUGGGUCAAAGUGAAGAUUGAGCCUGGGGAAUUCAAGGUUGAGUUACGGUAUCGCAGUAUCGAAGGCCGCCAUACGGGUCAUAUUUGA